UGCUCUUUUUUCGUGGUAAUAACAUAUUUUUUUGACUUGAUUUUGAAUUUUGGAUAUAACUGGAAAAUAGGCUAUAUGGACCUUUUUGUCGUUAUUCUAGUCCCUAACAUUAUUUAAAGUCUUAAUCAUAAAGCUACCGUUAAAARAUAUCGAUUAUUGAAUGCCAUGACGAUUUGAUGUCUUUCAUACUGGUGAUUAGUCUUAGAAAUUGAAACCUUCAUUUCUCAGUUGGUAUAAAUCAAUCUCUACAUGCACCCCAUGACAUAGACAGAAAAAUUCAACUACUUUGUAACGCUGUGAAAACAUCCGUACGUGGCUGAAAUCAGUCUGGGAAGUGUUUCUGGCAAUUUGGUGUUUUUUUUCUUCUAGUGACUUGAGGUGAAAACGAGCGAUGUCUGACGUCAUAUGACAGGUGUCCUAUAGCUCAAAGCUGUUAAGUAGCUUCUCUGGGUUUAGAUCCACAGCCGUUGAUCUAUCCGGCAAGAUUUKCUCUCCUCACGGGAAUUCUCUUUCCUUGGCAUCGUGCUUGUYCUUAAACGCUUUGAAGGAAAACUUCCACCUUUGAAAAUUGAUCGGUAGAUAGAAAAAAAUCAAGUGUUUCAUAAUCGUUAACUACAAAGAGGGACUCCAUUUAUUACUGCAAAACUUCAAAACAUCGUUGAUUAAGGUCCAUUUGUGUAUUAUUAUAUGUGGACUCGUCAUGCUGUGCUAAAAUGGCUUAAAACGUCAAGGAAUAUUGAGUCGCCAUUAGUAUUGUCAUAGAAAACACUAYAAGGCAAAAGAGCAWAGUAUGAAUUCCUUGAACAUGACUUCGGUUUGGUCGAAUGUUACGAAUGCGUCUGUCAAAGCCUUGUUGACACCGSCACGAGAACGCGCCGAACUUGAGCCGAAAGCUGUCGUGGUCUUCCGUCUAUGUUUAAGCGCAAUAAUGUGCUCARUUGGAAUUAUUGGAAAUAUUUUAGUCGUUAUUAUAACCUCAUGUAACCGAAAAUCACGAACAGCCGUCAAUUUCUACAUACUAAACUUAGCUCUGGCAGAUUUGGGGAUUUUAGCAAUCUGCUAUCCAUUCACGUUGGUCAAAACUGAGGAUCCUCUCCACUGGCCAUUAGGACGAUUUAUUUGCAAGAUAGUCUACCCUAUGUCGGACAUUUUYUACGGAGUUUCUAUUGGUUCAAUCGUUGCCAUAGCAAUUGAUAGAUACAAAGCCAUUGUGCGCAGUAUACAUGCGCAGAAGACUCUCCGCGCGGCCAAAUGGGYCAUCUUGUUUAUYUGGGCGUUUGCCUUCUUAGACAUUGUACUCCCCUUGUUCUUUGUUAUGGAGUAUGCCGUGGAUGUCCGCGGUAAUGGGACCAUUGACUGUACGCCGUUUUGGCCGAAGCAAGAGAUCACUCUGCGUCUCUAUGUUUUUUCCUUGUCCUUCUUCUGGUAUGUGUUACCGCUGGCCACGAUACUGUGGACGUACUUGGAAAUCGCAAGAAAAAUUCGCGCCAGUAAAACACUUCAUAAAGACAUGCGCAACCUCGUAGGGAAAAAGUAUAGUAAAAGCAAAUGUAGAAGACACGAUGAUCAAAAUACUAAAGCUCUUAAAAUCCUUAUUCCCGUAGUUCUGGCAUUCUCUAUCACCAUGCURCCUUUUCACGUUUUUCGGGCCGUGUCGAUGUUCACGGAUGUAAACCAGUUCAAGUAUAUCUGGGCUAUAUACAAYAUUUGUACAUUGUUAUUGCUAGCGAACAGCUCUAUUAAUCCUAUUAUUUACUCGCUUGUAUCCGAGGACUUUCGCAGGCGAUUUAAGCACGUUUUGUGUUUACAGUGGAGUAGACUGCACGAGAAUGUCACGGGAAAACGWACGAUAUCCUCUCGCGUCAUGACGCCACAGAGAAGCUUYAACACAAACGAGCCGCUUACGGGCUCACGRAAGAGACUCAGCACCAAAUAACUUGCACAUUUUGUGAAUUCAAAUGUAUAAAGGGUCGUUCACACUAGCGAUUUUUGAGGUCAUUUUGUACCUAGUGAAUAGUCUAAUGUUAAAGAAUCAAACUUWUAAAGUUUUAUUCAGUACACUAAGAUGAGCUAACUAAACGUCUCUCAACAAGGAUAAGAAAAAAUCGAUUAUUAUAUCCAACUCCAUGUGAACCGACUUUAACAGGUUUUCCGCAGAGAAAUUCMACCUCAUUUCCAGGCCAUCUCGACCGUCCUCAAUUCAAAAUGGCGAUCGACGAUAGCUUCAAAGCCAACAGGCAAUAACAAACAAUAUAAGAAGCGCAAUUAUAAUAUCCAAUCAAAAAACGGCUUAAUUCAGGUAAAACAAUGGUCAUCCCAACGACAGUCGCCAUUUUGAAUAGGAGUCGACUGAGAUGGGCCUGGGACUGACCUAACCACAGGGAAAGGCGGAAACCGCGAAGUCACCGUGCAGCUACGUAUUAACUCUAGUUGCACUGGUUUGUGAUYUUCAAUUUACAAACUAAACCAGUUUAACAGGUUAYACCAUGUAAAUUUCAAUUAAAGGGACAUGGUCCACCAGCAUUCAAUGCGGUCGUGUUSUAGAUUUUUCAUAUAUGGAAAAUGAGGUGAAGAUUCAUUCGCAAUCCGAUUCCAUCCAUCGGWUWAAAUGUCGAAUCUUACAGUAUCUCCAUUCAUAUAGUAUAAAGGGAUAACAAAGAGAAAKUUUCUGAUUAUAUUACGAUGAAUUUUUAYUUUCAAACAUGAGCAAAAAGAUCGAAAGGGAUGCUGGUGGACCAUGUCCUUUUAAUUAAGUUGAUAAUGRUAGUGUAUUGUUCAAAACAUGCUUAAAACUAGCAUUGUGGUGAAUAGUAGAAACUAUGGUAUGUCGAAAGGUACUGAUUGUCUAAGAUACUAUGAUCAUACCACAAUUCUAUUCGGUCUUAGAUCGAUCACUUUCCAUUAUCRACGUUAACUGAAGGUACAUCCAGCACUGUUGAACAUGCGCUAAAGAAUUUGUGAAACUGUUCAAGAUAUUGGUGAAAUUAAGCUUUACUAAAGUAAAAGUGUAAAUAUGUAAUAUUAUAUAUAAAGCGAAAUCAUUACA